AUGAACAGGCCAUCUCAAAAAGUACCAUACUUUACAACGUUCCUGAGGAGAACGUUGCGAUUGACCGGAGGUCAACACUGUCAUUAUUUGGUAGUGUUGUCAAACGCUGGAAAACUGUUCCACUUCUUUGCUAUAAGCCAGUUGAAAGAGAGAGCAUCCUUCCUCGCGGCCUCACCCCCAUACAUCGCCACGGAGCAUCCGUGCGUGCAGUCACACAUGCGCACACGCACAACAGUGACAUUUUUGACGUUUCGGUGUUUCAUAUUUGUGCAUUGGAUAUUUGCUUUUGGUACCAUUGAUUACACUAUGCUG